AAUUAAGUAUAGGUGAUUGUUUAGGAUUAUAUGUCGAUAUAAGCAAUGAAAUUGAAAAAAAAAUUUCGGAAUUACAGGAUACUAGAGAUGUAGAUAUUCGCAAAAAAUGUGUUGAUUUAGAUAAUCAUAUAAAUACACAAAAGGAAAACUACAAAAAAUGUGAGAAGCAUUAUCUUUCAAAUGAUUCUAUAAAUAUUGAGAAUUAUAUAGAAGAAUUAUCAACUCAAUAUCAUAAAUAUACUAAAUGUUCUAGUGAAUCGACAUCCAAUGGUAAAGGAGAUGAUAAAUCCAAACCUGAAACAAAAGAAUUAUGUAAGGAUCCAGCGGAAUGCCCAAAAGAACAAGUUCUACCAGAAGAAAAAAUAUCAGAAUCAAGUUGUAAAAAAGAAUUAUCUAAACCAGGCUGUUUACAGCAAGGAGUGUAUUCAGAACACAAUGUAGAUCAUUCUGCUGUAGCUGACGAUACUACUGCAGAGCAGCAAAACACCGUUGCAUCUACAGCAAGCACAUUAAAUGAUCCUGUAGAAUCUAACUGUCCUUUAAAUAAUUCUUCAUAUAUCGAAGUAUCUCCUUCUCCGAGUAGUCCAUCACAACCUAAACUUAACCUCAUUCCAGACGUAAAAUCAGACAACCCCUCACAUAACUUACUUAAUAAUGAACAAUAUAGUAUACAUCUUGUCCAUGAUGAACAUUCUUAUAUUAUUGAUAAUGGUUGCGGACCUUCCAAUGGCUAUAAUAGUGAUGAAAUUAUAAUUAAACUUCUUAAAAAACCUUCACCAAAACGUAAAUAUGGAAAAAUUCACGAAUCAGAUAAUCAAGGAACUUCUAAAAGUUUACUCAUCAUUCUGAAGGGCCUGAGUUCACUAAAAAUUCCGAUUAUCAACACAAUUCUGUACAACCUGUAUCAUCUGCACCAAAGAUACUCUU